AUGUCAUUGGAUGAAGGAAACCCAUCUGAGGUAGCAGAGAACCCCUCUGCUCCUGCGGCCGGAUCUGCGGACUCUAAAAUCAACCAUGCCGCCUCGAUCAACUAUUGGAACAGUGUUGCUAGCACUUCAAGUGAGAUGCUAGGCAUGCUAGGCACUUACCCCUGGUACACACGUAUUGAACUACUAGGAUCCAAGACCUUCUUAACGAAAGUCCGUCGACUGGUCCCAUCUCUUCCUCAAAGUGGAAAACUCGGUUUGGGCGUGGACUGCGGAGCCGGCGUUGGACGUGUAACCGAAGGCUUCCUAAGGCAUGCGUGUGAAGUUGUGGACGCAGUUGAGCCCGUUGAGAAAUUCACCAAUGUCUUGGCUGAGAGCAAGCUCAAAAAGGAUGGUGUGGUGGGUGAUAUCUACACCGUUGGUCUGGAGAACUGGAAUCCACAAAAGAAGUACGACUUGAUCUGGGUUCAAUGGUGUGUUGGGCAUUUGACAGAUACACAAUUGACUGAGUUCAUUAUGAGGUGUCGGAACUCCUUGACAGAAACUGGAAUUAUGGUCAUCAAGGAGAAUCUGUCUACCGAUUUCCAGGACCAAGAUAUGUACGACGACUUGGAUAGCAGUGUCACAAGGACAGACGCGAAGUUCAAGCAGUUGUUCGCUGCUGCUGGAAUGGAUGUCAUUAAGUCAGAGAUUCAGACUGGAUUCCCUAAACAGUUCAAACUCCUUCCUGUCAAAUCCUAUGCACUGCGACCAAACAUGAAGGCGUGA